AUGCCAGAUGCUGCAGUGGUGUGUAGAGAGCUGGACUGUGGGAAGGCUGUAGAUGUAUUGGGAAAUGCUCACUUUGGACCAGGAUCAGGACCAAUCUGGAUGGAUGAGGUGACCUGUAGUGGAUCAGAGUCUACACUCAAGAACUGUAGAUCUGCAGGGUGGGGCGAACAUUACUGUGAUCAUGGUGAAGAUGCUGGAGUCAUCUGUUCAGUGUGGACAGAGAAGCUUCAGUGUAGAGGCAACGAAUCUGAGAUUUACUCUUGUGAAACAACAUCUUCACCCAAACACUGUUCCCAUGAUAAUGAUGUGGGACUAAUAUGUUCAGACAGUGUGAGGCUGGUGGAUGGUGGUGGUCGCUGUUCUGGGAGAGUGGAGGUUCUUCAUAGAGGACAGUGGGGAACAGUGUGUGGUGCUGGCUGGGAUAUGAGAGAUGCUGCAGUGGUGUGUAGAGAGCUGAGCUGUGGGGAGGCUGUAGAUGUACUGGGUAAUUCUCACUUUGGACCAGGAUCAGGACCAAUCUGGAUGGAUGAGGUGACCUGUAGUGGAUCAGAGUCUACACUGAAGAACUGUACAUCAGCAGGAUGGGGUAAACAUAACUGUAAUCAAACUAACAAUGUUGGGAUCAUCUGCUCAGGAGUCAGACUGGUCGGUGGUCCUCGCUGUUCUGGGAGAGUGGAGGUACUUCUUGGGAAGACCUGGACCACAGUGUGUGAUGCUGACUUUGACCAGCAGGAUGCAGAGGUUGUGUGUAGAGAGCUGGGUUGUGGGCCUCCUGUGGAGGUGCUGGGAGCAGCUGCUAUUGGCAGAGGGGAGGGCCAGGUGUGGACAGAGAAGCUUCAGUGUAGAGGCAACGAAUCUGAGAUUUACUCUUGUGAAACAACAUCUUCACCCAAACACUGUUCCCAUGAUAAUGAUGUGGGACUAAUAUGUUCAGACAGUGUGAGGCUGGUGGAUGGUGGUGGUCGCUGUUCUGGGAGAGUGGAGGUUCUUCAUAGAGGACAGUGGGGAACAGUGUGUGGUGCUGGCUGGGAUAUGAGAGAUGCUGCAGUGGUGUGUAGAGAGCUGAGCUGUGGGGAGGCUGUAGAUGUACUGGGUAAUUCUCACUUUGGACCAGGAUCAGGACCAAUCUGGAUGGAUGAGGUGACCUGUAGUGGAUCAGAGUCUACACUGAAGAACUGUACAUCAGCAGGAUGGGGUAAACAUAACUGUAAUCAAACUAACAAUGUUGGGAUCAUCUGCUCAGGAGUCAGACUGGUCGGUGGUCCUCGCUGUUCUGGGAGAGUGGAGGUACUUCUUGGGAAGACCUGGACCACAGUGUGUGAUGCUGACUUUGACCAGCAGGAUGCAGAGGUUGUGUGUAGAGAGCUGGGUUGUGGGCCUCCUGUGGAGGUGCUGGGAGCAGCUGCUAUUGGCAGAGGGGAGGGCCAGGUGUGGACAGAGAAGCUUCAGUGUAGAGGCAACGAAUCUGAGAUUUACUCUUGUGAAACAACAUCUUCACCCAAACACUGUUCCCAUGAUAAUGAUGUGGGACUAAUAUGUUCAGACAGUGUGAGGCUGGUGAAUGGUGGUAGUCGCUGUGCUGGGAGAGUGGAGGUUCUUCACAGAGGACAGUGGGGAACAGUGUGUGAUGAUGACUGGGAUAUGAGAGAUGCUGCAGUGGUGUGUAGAGAGCUGGGCUGUGGGGAGGCUGUAGAUAUAUUGUUUAAUGCUCACUUUGGAGCAGGAUCAGGACCAAUCUGGAUGGAUGAUGUGGACUGUAGUGAAUCAGAGUCUACACUCAAGAACUGUAGAUCAACAGGAUGGGGUAAACAUAACUGUAAUCAUGCUUUAGAUGCUGGAGUCAUCUGUUCAGGUAAGAUCAGACUUACUGACGGUUCUCACCUGUGCUCUGGGAGAGUGGAGGUGCUUCAUGGGAAGACCUGGACCAGAGUGUGUGAUGCUGACUUUGACAAGCAAGAUGCAGAGGUUGUGUGUAGAGAGCUGGGCUGUGGGCGUCCUGUAGAGGUGCUGGGAACAGUUGCUUUUGGCAGAGGGGAGGGCCAGGUGUGGACAGAGGAGCUUCAGUGUAGAGGCAACGAAUCUGAGAUUUACUUCUGUCCAACAACGUCUUCGCCCAAACACAACUGUUCCCAUGAUAAUGAUGUGGGACUCAUAUGUUCAGGUUACACAGCGGCACAUCUGGUUAAUGGCUGGGACUCCUGUUCUGGUCGAUUGGAGCUCCAGUACCUCAGUGACUGGGGUUCAGUUUGUGGUGAUAGCUGGGAUAUGAGAGCUGCCAGUGUCCUCUGUGGACAGCUGAAGUGUGGGAGUGCUGUGGCUGUGUUGGGGGCGGACUGGUUUGGGGAGGGGAGUGGCCACAUCUGGGCUGAUGUGUUUGAUUGUCAUGGGAACGAGACACACCUAUCAGAAUGUCCCAUCUCAUCAUGGAGUCGAGCAGCAUGCUCUCAUAAACAGGAUGCUGGAGUCAUCUGCAAUGGUUCCUCUCAGGCCUUUCAUGAGGGGCGAGUGCGGUUGUCUGGAGGGAGGGAGUGUGAGGGGCAGGUGGAGGUUUACUUCAUCCAGGACUGGUGGAGAGUUCUCCUGGACUCCCGGAUUGUGUCUGAGGCCUCUGUGGUGUGCAGACAGCUGGGCUGUGGCUCUGUGCUGAAAUUCUCCAGCUUCCCUCCAUCCAGUCCUGAGCAACACAGCCACAUAUGUGUGACGGGUUUCAGUUGUUCUGGGAGUGAAGCUCAUCUGGGGAACUGCAGCAGUGCAAACCUUCUCAACCUCUCCUGCAGCUCCAGGGAACAGCUGUCAAUCACCUGCUCUGGUGUGUUUAACUCAGACCACAGCUCCAUCAGACUGGUUGGUUCUGGGGGAGAUUGUGCAGGAAGGAUGGAGGUUUUCCUGAACGGCUCUUGGGGGACAGUGUGUGAUGACUCAUGGGAUAUUGAGGAUGCUCAGGUGGUGUGCAGGCAGCUGCAGUGUGGAGUGGCCUUCAGUGCCCACGUACCAGCCUGGUUUGGUCCUGGAACUGGGCCCAUAUGGCUGAAUAAGGUGCAGUGUGAGGGGAACGAGACAUCCCUGUGGAACUGUAGGUAUCAACUCUGUGGAGAAGAUGAGUGUGGACAUCAAGAGGAUGUAGGAGUGGUGUGUUCAGAAUUCAAAGAAAUGAGACUCAGUGAGGGUUGUAAAGGGAAUCUGGAAGUGUUCUACAAUGGAACCUGGGGGAAUGUGUGUGUGAAUGGGAUGAGUGAAGAAACAGUAAGUUUGGUCUGUCGAGAGCUGAACUGUGGAAGAACAGGCAGUCAAUCCCAAUCCAGAGCAAGAGUGGAAUCAUCUCCUAACUGGCUGGAUCAGGUGAAAUGUAGGAAACAUGACUCCACUCUGUGGCACUGCCCAUCUCAACCCUGGGGGCAGAACAGCUGUGAAAAUCACAAUGAGGUGGCUCAAAUUACUUGUACAGGAGAGAGAAAUGAUCAUCUGCAGCAAAGUCAUGUGAAAUGCUCCUCCUCUUCCUCCCAGAGCCAGUGCUCCAAUCACCUGCCUCUCAGGCUGAGGGGAGCAGAAAGAAGCUGCUCUGGGAGACUGGAGGUUUACCAUAAUGCUACAUGGGGCUCUAUCUGUGAUGAUCAGUGGGACAUCAGGGACGCUGAGGUGGUCUGCAGACAGCUGGGCUGUGGGAAGGCACUGAGGGCUGAUGGGAGUACUUUUGGUGCUGGUGAAGGGGUGAUCUGGCUGAACAGAGUGAAGUAUAGAGGGGAUGAGAUUCACCUGUGGGACUGCAGUUAUUCACUGAAGAAACACACUGACUGCUCCCACAAAGAGGAUGCUGGAGUCACCUGUGCAGACCCUUAUGUGACUCCUACUACUACACCAAGAACAACCACAAGCACCUCCACCAUUACAGAUGUUCAGAAGGCAUCCAGUCCUCUACAAACUACAUCAGCAGCUGUUCCGUGCACCACCCCUACAGUGGUCCUGCUGGUACUGGGAGUGCUGCUCUUCCUGGCCUUAGUGCUUCUCUCUGGGCUGGUUUACCAGAACAGAGUCCUCAGGAGAGUGAUCUCUAAGAGGAGGCGUAAGACUCUGCCUGAGGCAGUCUAUGAGGAAAUCAACCACAGAUACAUCAAUAAAAGAACCCGUGUCUCCACUCGAAGGGGAAGUGUCCUUUCUGAAUCCCAGCAUUCAGGAUAUGAGGAUGUGGAUCAGGCGUUUGUCUCAGAAAAGUCUGUGACUGUGGACCAGCCUGAGUAUUACGAUGAUGUCACCACCACCGGUGACCUCAUAAGUGACAUAGAAAGAGAGGACAUACCAGAGAACUACGAUGAUGUCAUCACUGCUGGGCCCAGCCCUGAUAUUGUAGCAGAGGACGUAUCUGAGAAUUAUGAUGACGUCAUUACUGAUGAUCAGAACUCUGCUGUUGUGACAGAGGAGAUGACAGAGAACUAUGAUGACGUUAUUACCACUGGACUAAACCCAAACAUUACAGCGAUGGCCACACCAGAAGACUGUAAUGAUGCUGGAACAAACCCAAAUGUUACAGAAAUGGACACACCAGAGAACAGUGAUGACAUCAUCACUGCUGGACAGGACGUAGGAGGUGUAAAUGACUAUGAGGACAUGAAGGAGGAGCCUCAGAAAGAGAUAAAUCACAUGACCAAGAGACCACACCAAGCGCCUUUCCUCAGGAAAUUACAUUUGAACUUCUUCAAACUCAAAAAAUGAUUUCUUUUCACAAUAUGGAACAUUUUAUACGACAUUGUUUAUUUCAGCUUUCAGCUGGACUCACACCCAGGUAUAAAAAUACCAAAGUUUCUUUCGCAGCCAUGCGUCACCAAUUGUUUCUCAACAUUUUUAAAAAUGGUAAUAUGUAGUACAUAAUCAAAGCUGAAAAGCUUUAUCUCAUGUAUCUCACUUGUUCUUCUAUUGAAAUAAACACGUGAUCUUU